GGUGGACACGUAACUAUCCUUUUCAAACUACAAUUCCCAGCAUUCACUUGAACACUGUUCCAAGCUUUUCCAAUGAAUCAGAAAGCGUACUUUUAUCACAUGAUUUUUUUUUCAUCAGUUGAUGGGAACACGGCUAGCUAGCCUGCUGGCUAAAUAAGCUUACUUUUUACUACAAGUUUGUGUUAGAUGUUUAUGACAAUCAAUAUUUUAUUUUAAGCAAGUCUGAGUCUUACUGACUUCAGGAACCUCGCGGCUAACAAUAAUGCAAGUCUUUCAUUCAAUAUUUGCACUGGCUAACUAACGUUAGGUAGCUAUUGUAAAUUGUCUUAUAUUGGCUUACGGUCUCAUAUUCGUACUUCAUAUUUUACGCGUCAUACUCUACGAUAACUUCAGCUAGUUAUCUUGUGUGUCAGUCUAAAUCCAUCCAUUUGGCAUCACGGCUAAUGUUAACUAUCUAACUAGUCAGAUAGCCUGACAGCUGGCUAGCUAUUGAACAGGUUGCAAGUCCUCCAUCAUCACACCUGCCAGACGGACUCAACCAGCAUGGAUUACCAGAACACAGCGAAUGCAGUUGGGGACUGUCUUUUGAGCUACACCAAGGACGAGUCUGGGUGGAAAGUCUGCAAGAAAUCGAAUGACGUCAUCGUGUCCUGGCGGCCAUCGACUGAGUUCCCUGGGAAUGUAUAUAAGGGGGAGUCGGUGGUGAAGGGAAGCCCAGAGAAGGUAUGGGAGUGUCUGAAGCCUGUGCCAAAUGGACUGCGGGUGAAAUGGGACAACAACGUCAAGAAGUUUGAGCUGGUAGAGCAAGUCACUGAGAACGUCACUGUCUGCAGAACAGUCACUCCAUCAGCAGCCAUGGGCAUCAUAGCUCCCAGAGACUUUGUCGACGUUAUUCUAGUGAAGCAAUACGAAGACGGCACCAUUACAUCCAAUGCCACCCACGUGAACCACCCCAGCUGCCCUCCCCAGUCAGGGUAUGUGAGGGGCUUCAACCACCCCUGUGGCUGCAUCUGUGUCCCCAUCUCUGGGGAGCCAAACAAAACCCAGCUGUUCAGUUUCUUCCAGACGGACCUGGGGGGCUUCCUGCCUCGCUCUGUGGUCGACUCUUUCUUCCCAUCCAGCAUGGUGGAGUUCUACAGCAACCUGGCCAAGGCCAUCAAAUCCCUCAAGGACCACUGAUACACUCCUACUAUACCUUCCCUUAGCCCUGGUCCCAGAUCUGUUUGUGCUGCAUAACCAACUCCUGGCACCAGGUGAUACUCAGAUCUGGGACCAGCAUUCAGCGGGACCAAAAAACACAAUGAUUAGCUAUGUGAAUGGUUUAGUUUUAAAGAGGCUAUAUGGAACUUUUCACCUCAGGGGGCUUUUUAACUGAAAGGGACAGAUUGAUGUAAAUGGAUUAGAAAAAUCCUUAUUUGAGAGCAUGGGGCACACCUCCCCAGACCAUAUCUUUCUAGACUAAAAAUAAGGAUUGUGUUGUUUCAUGAGUAAAUAAAUAUUUUAUAUCAACUAUACAGGCAACACUCAAGCCAAAAAUGUAGAUAAACAAUUAGCAACUCAACUUCUGUACAGCCUCUUUAAAAGAGUGGUCACCUGGCCUUGGUUUGGAGCAAACUGUAUCUGAGCUUAAAGGGAGAUGAUAUUGGAUGAUAUGAGGGAAGGAAGUGUGCAGCUUGUUUGUCCCAGCACUAAACACAGCUGAUUUCAGGUUGUCGAGGUCUUGGUUCAUGUCUGUAAUAAUGGUGUGUUAGUGCUGGAGCAAAAAGCCUGCACCCCUGGUACUGUUGCUCUCUUGGACUAGGUAUGGUGUGUUAGUGCUGGAGCAAAAAGCCUGCACCCCUGGUACUGUUGCUCUCUUGGACUAGGUAUGGUGGCCACUAGUGUAGUCUUACAAAAAGGUUGAGUGUCUGUUCUAAUUUCAUUCAUUCAACCCUGGAAAAAUAUUGAAUAUGAAUUUCUCAUAGAGGUUGAUGUGCAAUUUUCUUGAGUUGAAGCGAUUGAAAUGGAAUUGACCUAAGCCCUGAUGUUAAAGUUGCAAUUUGUAAGUUAUUUUUCCCUCUAUGGUAACAAGAAAGAGUACCAAAAACAAUAAUCAUGAACCCACCCCCAAAAAACACAUGUUACAUUAUUGGACAUAAUGUAGUUCCUGUUCUUCUUGGUUUGUUUUUCUUCUUCAUGUGGGUACACUAGCAAACACCCUGCCUCUUAGUCCUCGAACUGGAAAUCCAACUUACAGACCACACCUUUAAGCACUCUGGGCCGCACCUUUAAGACUAGAUCUAGAGAGGUCAAUUUUGCCAAACUCUACUUCCAAAACAAAUAUUUCCUGUACAUUUACUUUUUAGUGAUGCAUUUCCCGCCUUUUCCCACCACAAAAGAAUGAGAAUAGAUUUGAAAUCUAUAUUUUGUAUUUAGUGUCCUAAACACACAGAGGAUAUGUCCUCCUUCCCUUUUGUACUGUUGCUGUUGAAUACAGUCCAUUCUGUUACACUGGCUCCAUCCUACCUACAGCACCAUGCAUGAUGCAUGGACCUUACAGGGACCCCAGAAUGGAAUCGGAUUCCAUUGGGAUGAGUCAUACCUCAUUUUUUGUUGUCCUUUGUAUACGGUAGUACUGUACUUGAAAUGUUCUGGUUUAACCUGUCUCCACAGCCCUUUAACCAAUACCUAAAGAUGGAAUCCGCAGUAGGGGGAAACUGCCACUGGCUGCCCCAACAGCAUUGUUAUUGUUGUUGCUGAGCCGAGGAGCGUCGUGCAGCAUGGUUAUGAAAUGCAGUACAUAUUGUGUUCUUCUAUCGUGCAACAUGGUUAUGAAAUGCAGUACAUAUUGUGUUCUUCUAUCGUGUAGCAUGGUUAUGAAAUGCAGUACAUAUUGUGUUCUUAUAUCGUGCAACAUGGUUAUGAAAUGCAGUACAUAUUGUGUUCUUCUAUCCUGCAGCAUGGUUAUGAAAUGCAGUACAUAUUGUGUUCUUCUAUCGUGUAGCAUGGUUAUGAAAUGCAGUACAUAUUGUGUUCUUCUAUCGUGCAACAUGGUUAUGAAAUGCAGUACAUAUUGUGUUCUUCUAUCGUGCAGCAUGGUUAUGAAAUGCAGUACAUAUUGUGUUCUUCUAUCGUGCAGCAUGGUUAUGAAAUGCAGUACAUAUUGUGUUCUUCUAUCGUGCAGCAUGGUUAUGAAAUGCAGUACAUAUUGUGUUCU